GCCAUUUACUGACUUGUUGGUGGCUUGGGACAAAAUGUUGGAAAUAAUGAAAACAGCUCUUUUCUGUCAUUUUCUCCUGUUUACAGCAAGAUUCACUGAAAUAACAGGAGCUGCUGUGAAAUCGGUGGUUUCCUUCUCCCCAAACUGGACCCCAGUAUCUGCAGAGGAUUCUGUAACUCUGAUCUGUAAUGUGGCUCCUACUGCCCAAGGGAACCUGAGAUAUUCCUGGUACAGGAAUGGACAUCGGAUACCUGGGGAUCAUCAGAGUCUUGUCAUUCGGUCUGCCAGUGUGUCAGACAAUGGGUAUUACCAGUGCCAGGCUGGUGCCAAAGAGAGAAGUGACUCUGUUAUACUGAAUAUUAGAACUGAUUGGCUCAUCCUGCAGGCGCCCCCUGCUGUUUAUGAGGGAGACACUCUAUCUCUCAGGUGUCACAGUCGGCCUGAAUAUGAUACAAGGAACACAGUAUUUUACAAGGACAAUAAGACCAUUGAGUCCCCAGUCAGUGAGUCUGAGUUACACAUAGGAAGAGUGGAUGUUACUGCAACUGGCACAUACAAGUGUGAAAAAGAAAUUAAGUAUAAAUCUAAUUAUCACACUAAUUCUGCUACACAGUCCAUUGUAGUCUCAGAACUCUUCUCUUACCCACAAAUAAAAGUGAGCUCAGAUCUGGUGACAGAAGGAGAUCACAUGACCAUAACAUGUGACACAAAGCUCAGCCCACACAGAGAGACUACAGAGUUACAGUUUGUUUUCUACAGAAAUGGGCACAAUGUGCAGGGAUUCAGUUUAUCCAACCAAUAUGGAGUCCCCUCAGCUCAGCUGGAGGAUUCUGGGAAUUAUACCUGUGAGGUACAAACUUCAUCCAACAGUGUGAGGAAGAGGAGUAACAUGACCCAGAUUCAGCUAAAGAAGCUCUUCUCUACACAAAUAAAAGUGAGUCCAGAUGAGGUGACAGAAGGAGAUCACAUGACCAUAACAUGUGACACAAAGCUCAGCCCACACAGAGAGACUACAGAGCUACAGUUUGUUUUCUACAGAAAUGGGCACAAUGUGCAGGGAUUCAGUUUAUCCAACCAAUAUGGAGUCCCCUCAGCUCAGCUGGAGGAUUCUGGGAAAUAUACCUGUGAGGUACAAACUUCAACCGGCAGUGUGAGGAAGAGGAGCACUUUGACAGACAUCCAGAUACAGGAGCUCUUCUCUUACCCACAAAUAAAACUGAGCCUGAAUCCAGUAAUAAGAGAUCACCCACAAAUAAAAGUGAUCCCAGAUCAGGUGACAGAAGGAGAUCACAUGACCAUAACAUGUGACACAAAGCUCAGCCCACACAGAGAGACUACAGAGCUACAGUUUGUUUUCUACAGAAAUGGGCACAAUGUGCAGGGAUUCAGUUUAUCCAACCAAUAUGGAGUCCCCUCAGCUCAUCUGGAGGAUUCUGGGAAUUAUACCUGUGAGGUACAAACUACAACCGGCAGUGUGAGGAAGAGGAGCAAUGUGACACAUAUCCCGAUGCAAGGCAGAUGCCAAAUCAUGCUUCAGCUCAAUCUUUUUAGACUGAUAUUAUCAUCCCUCGUAUUUAUCUGGACAGUGGGUUUGCUGUAUUAUGACAUAAAGACACGGGGAACUACAGGACAUCUGAAGAACAGGGGACAUUAGUCUGUGACUCCCUGUGUUUGUUUUCCUUGGAUAAAUCCACAAUAUCUAUCACUGGAAAUACUAUUAUAGCACCUAGGAGAUGCCAUUAGAUGAUCAAUUUGCUUUUAGUACUGCAAUGCUGUCCACAAUUAGUAACUUCUUACAUUUUAUUUUAAAGUUUACUUUAAUCAACUAUACAAUAUAAUAAUGGUAACAUAUAUAAAUUCAACAGCUAUGCUAUUGCUGAAUGUCCAUGUCUUUUGUUCAUAAUAAUGACAGUAAUUAUAAUAACAUGGACUGCAGUGUGUUUUC